UCAGAGAAGCCUGCGGAAGGCGGAAGUGUGCGCUUAGAAGCGGUCGUGGAGACCGGCUGAGGUGGCCCUGGCAGGUCCCUGGCUGCUCUUCCGCGUCUGGAAGCGGGGACGUGCAGGUGGCCAGCGACAGCGAGUGGGGGACGAUGCCAUGAGGCCGCCGCAGGGCCUGGCGGGGUCUGGAGGUUGACCGUGCCUGCCGCCUUCCCGCGAGGCCGCCUCCUCCAGGCAGUCGCCCGUCCCUCUCAGGGUCUCGCAUCCUCCGCGGUCCCAGCUCCUCGGCCCGGGACUCCCGGGCCCUCGACCUCGCGCUAUGACCGCGGCCGCCGCCUCCAACUGGGGGCUGAUCACGAACAUAGUGAACAGCAUAGUAGGGGUCAGUGUGCUCACCAUGCCCUUCUGCUUCAAACAGUGUGGCAUCGUCCUGGGGGCCCUGCUGUUGGUUUUCUGCUCUUGGAUGACACACCAGUCCUGCAUGUUCUUGGUGAAAGCCGCCAGCCUGAGCAAACGGAGAACCUACGCAGGCCUGGCGCUGCACGCCUACGGAAAGGCGGGGAAGAUGCUGGUGGAGACCAGCAUGAUCGGGCUGAUGCUGGGGACCUGCAUGGCCUUCUACGUUGUGAUCGGCGACUUGGGGUCCAACUUCUUCGCUCGGCUCUUUGGGUUUCAGGUGACCGGCACGUUCCGCGUGUUCCUGCUCUUCGCCGUGUCGCUGUGCAUCGUGCUGCCGCUCAGCCUGCAGAGGAACAUGAUGGCGUCCAUCCAGUCCUUCAGCGCCAUGGCUCUCGUGUUCUACAGCGUGUUCAUGUUUGUGAUCGUGCUCUCCUCCCUCAAGCACGGCCUGUUCGGGGGCCAGUGGCUGCAGCGGAUCCGCUAUGUGCGGUGGGAGGGUGUCUUCCGCUGCAUCCCCAUCUUUGGCAUGUCCUUCGCCUGCCAGUCCCAGGUUCUGCCCACCUACGACAGCCUGGACGAGCCGUCGGUGAAGACCAUGGGCUCCAUAUUCGCCUGCUCUCUCAAUGUGGUCACCGCCUUCUACGUCACGGUCGGCUGCUUCGGCUACGUGAGUUUCACCGAGGCCACCGCAGGCAACGUGCUGAUGCACUUCCCCUCCAACCUGGUGACGGAGAUGAUGCGAGUGGGCUUCGUGAUGUCAGUGGCCGUAGGCUUCCCCAUGAUGAUCCUGCCGUGUCGACAGGCCUUGAACACGCUGCUUUUUGAGCAGCAGCAAAAAGAUGGGACCUUUGCUGCUGGAGGCUACAUGCCCCCUCUGCGGUUUAAAGCACUCACCCUCUCAGUCGUGUUUGGAACCAUGGUGGGUGGAAUCAUGAUCCCCAACGUGGAGACGAUUCUGGGCCUCACGGGCGCGACGAUGGGAAGUCUCAUCUGCUUCAUCUGCCCGGCUCUGAUCUAUAAGAAAAUCCACAAGAACACCCUCUCCUCCCAGAAGGUUGGCACACUGGACACACUCACCGCCCUUAUCCUGUUGGACUCAUGUGACCCGGAAGGGACUGGGCUUGGGACUUCGAAGAUGGCAGUCUGGUCACUGAGUCAGUCAUCACCCCGUGGAUCAAGACUUGCUUGGUGUUUGGUGUGGCCCCACUGUGUCCUCGCUGAUACCUGCGUGGCAUUCGUCUCACAGCUGCGCUCAAUCCGGAGUGGCUCAGGCUUCCCUGCCUGGGGGUUCGUGGGCCUGUGGUGUUUCUUCAGAGGAAAGGCGGUGCUCUGGGUUGGCCUGGGCAUCCUGGUAGUCAGCACACACACUACCCUGUCCGUGAGCGAGGAGGCCCCUGUGGACUCGGCCAAGGAAGCCCUGGCUGGCCGGCUCGAAGAGGCCGAGGGCGUCAGGAAGGCAGAGGCAGCUCGGCUCCCAGGUACGCAAUCUCCAGGCCAGAAUCCAAUUGUGGACGUGGCCGAGGACGGCCGAGAUAAGCCGAAGCUGCCAGACGAGAAAGAUGAGAUGGAGCAGGCCCAGAUUAAGGGCCCCGUGAACGUGCCCCAGAGGGAAGGCGCCAAGGAGAAGCAGGACGAGGCGCAGUUGGACCGCCCCGGCCAAGGUGUCGCAGUACCUAUGGGCGAGGCCCACCGCCACGAGCCCCCUGUCCCUCAUGACAAGGUGGUGGUGGAUGAAGGUCAAGACCAAGAAGAACCGGACGGGAAUGAACAUCCGUCCAAGCACGUGGACGAAAGGGUUCCGGGGGGCAAGGCUCAGAUGGCACCACCUCUGUCAGAUUCAGAAAGAGAGAGGCCCAGACAGGACCACGUCUUGGAGGUCGCAGGUGGUCUCCCUGAAGAUCCCCAGAAGGUUCCAGAAGACAAUGGUCAGCCAGUCAUCGAGCCUGUGGAGGAGGACCAGGGGCCAGGCGACAGGGGUCCGCAGCCAGGGCCCCAGGCGGUGCCACCCGAGGGGCAGAACGCCCCGGCAGCUGGUGCAGGGGAGAGAGCAGGCGGAGUCCCGCUGCCGGGCCGGGCCGCAGGGGCCGCGGGCAAGCUGGCGGAGAAGAGUGAGCCCGUUGUUUGCCGGACCACUAAGCGUCAGGUGCCACGCUGUUCCUGUGCGUCUGGGCCCUCACGGGAGACGCGCGGGGAGCGCUUGACAGGUGGGAAGGCUCCCCUCCCGGUGAAGCCAGCCCCCGGGGCCGGGCCGCAGGCAGAGCCGCAAGAGCAGAGGAACGUGGAGGGCCAGGGCGGAGGCCCUGCUGGCAGCAAGCUGGAGGAAGCCGGCCGGGCGGAGAUGCUGGACCACGCCGUCCUGCUGCAGGUGAUCAAGGAACAGCAGGUGCAGCAGAAGCGGCUGCUGGACCAGCAGGAGAAGCUGCUUGCGGUGAUCGAGGAGCAGCACAAGGAGAUCCACCAGCAGAGGCAGGACGGCGAGGAGGCUGAAGUGCAGCCCGAGCCUGGGGUGGCCGCGCCCCGAGGUAAGGGGCAGGAGGCUCACGACGGGGGCGCAGCGGAGCAUCGCCCCCAGCAGCCUUUGGGACCUGCACUCGGAGCUCCCGGGCGUCCCCCCGCUCUGCCCCAGGGACAUGGCCAGCGGUCCGCGGAGGAGCCCGAGGGGGCUGCAGGCAGAGCUCCAGCCGGUCCUCCUGGCGCCGCCGACACGGAGCCCCGGGCAGCCCAGGCUGAGCCGAGGGAAGGCCGGCAGGGUGCUGCGCCCGAGGCCGCCGGUGCUGGCCUGCCGGAGCGGGUGCCCGUGCCAGGCCCCGCCCAGGUGCCCAGGAGCCCCGAGAAGCUCGUCGCUGGCGAAUUCCCCGAGCAGGGUCAGGACACUUUUGUCAGAGGCUCCCAUGAAAGGAAGAAAUCCAGAAAAGAGGUGGCCACCGGUGCCAAUGUUCAGGAGGCAGAUGUGCCAGGGGCGAGAGAGAUUGGGGAUCCUCCCGUGAGGUCCCAGCCAGUGAGCCAAGACGGGGGCCCUGUAGGCCUGUCCAGCAGGUCGGGAGGGGCAGCUCCUGGGGCCCAGGCUGAGAUUCAUCAGCUGCAACACCGGGCCGCUUCUCCUGGGCAGCAGGGCGGUCACCUGGAGGCCAGAAAGGAGGCCGUCGGUGGGGACCAUGUGCCUGCUCUGGGGGAGGACGCUGCCGUCCAAGAACCAGAACGGAGGCGGGACCCUGAUCUGGGGCCCAAACCAGCUCUCCCUGGGGCUCAGAAGCCAGACCAUGCCAAACCCAACCGAGACCUUAAAGUCCAGGCCGGUUCUGACCUCAGGAGGAGACGGCGGGAUGUGGCUCCUGGGGCAGGGGGGGACCUGGCCCCAAGGGACAGGGUCAUCAUCAGCUUUAACCCUCUCCCAGAUGUGCAGGUCAAUGACCUCCGCAGCGCACUAGAGACCCAGCUCCACCAGGCCGCGGGGGGCGCUUUACGGGUGGUCCACGGUCGCCAGGUGAAGCAGCUGGCUGGGGCCCCAGAGGAACCCUGAGCAGCCACUAGCAACCGCCGUCCUCCCGGUCAGCGGGUCUCACAGCCACGCCGGGGCCACGUGGGCACGGAGUUAGAGGUCACCCUGUGGCUGGGGGCCUGAAAGGCCUCUCGCCACGGCCUCACCGUCCAGACAGCCUGUGCCUUCUCCAACCCGCAUCUUAAACUUGUCUGAGUGACUGAGCUCACCAGAACUCAGACGAUGCAGCGUCCAGUUGGACCUCGGGAGCGGCUGGCCAGGGAGCGCGGCCCCGACGCGGACGCGGGCCGCUGUGAGAGCCCACCGUGCACCAGACUCCCGCUCGCUCUAAACGGUCGUUGUGAAUGUGAUGCGGAGAACCGUAAUGAACUGCCUCCACGCGGCGGCUUGGUGGACGCGCUUUCGUGUCUGCGGGGCAUGGGGCCAGGGCUGCGGGCGUCCCGGGGGUCGGAAGGCUGCCCAAGUGUGCACCCGCCUCUUCCCUUGUCACGCUCCCUCUGCUUUCCAAACUAUAAAGUUGUUUUACGAGUCAGAAACGUCA